CACUCUCCUCCGCCUCUACUUUCAAUUCCCCAUCUUCUUCCCCACACUGUCAGGCCAAGCAUGUUCCCCAUUCCUCUUUCCUCCAUUCCAGGCAUUUUGGGUAUUUGUCCUGCCCUUUGGACCUCAGGGACUCUGUGUUCCUCCCAUGGCAUGCACAGUCUGCAGUAAUCUUGCACCACAUCACCUUCUCUGUAAACCAGAGAUCUGCCAUAGCAUGCUAAUUGUGGUUGCUAAAGGCUGGGAAACACAUAGAAUCCCGUGCACCAAUCUAUAGAAAAAGUGUCAUGGAGGUCUGCAUAUUCUUCCUUUGUGCUAUGAUAUUUCUCCCAGGUAUUGCUGCUGCCAGUGUGCAUCCAGUGCAGGCAUUUCUCCAUCACACUGUAUACCUAUCCUGCUAUUUUCCAAACUCUCAGAAAUUUGACGUGAAGGAUUUAAUAAUUUUUUGGCAAAAAGAGAGUAAAAAAGUGCUGCAUGAAGUAUAUCAUGGCCAAGAAAAACAUGACAACCUUAGUCCUGAAUAUAUAAAUCGCACCAAGGUGGACAUGGGCAAAUGGACCUUGCAGUUGUUAAAUGCAGAAAUUGAGGACGAGGGACUCUAUCAGUGUAUUAUACAAAAAAUAGUUGAACAAUCAAAGGAGGUCGUACACCAAUCUGAGUGCUCACUGCGCAUCGUUGCCAACUAUAGUCAACCUGAGAUAGCAGAACUGCACUCCGGGGAACUAAAGCCCAAUGGAUACUUGAACCUCUCCUGUUCUUCCAGUGGAGGUUAUCCAGAGCCCAAGGAGAUGACUUGGCUAAUUUCACAUGAGAACAUAACACACAGCAGUACGGCUCACAUGGAUGUCUCACAGGAUGCAGUGACAAAGCUAUACAACGUUACCAGCAAGCUGAAUAUCCCAGUUCCUACAAAAAGCCGCACUAAUAUCAGCUGCUUGCUUCACCUUAGGGAGCAGUUGGGAAGCCUUGUCUCAGUCCCACUGGGCAUAGAGAUACAAGAGAAAGAAAUGGAACAAGCAAAGAUAAAUUUCUUUGGCCCACUUAUAGCUGUGGUUGUACUGAUCACUUCUGCACUUCUUCUGGGUUUUGUGAUAUUAAAGAAGAACAGCAAAAUCUUGUCUACCAGCCAGAGUGUCAGUCUAGCAGUCUAGAAGCUAUCCAGCUUGAAACUGAAGCCAUCAGCCAGGCUGCUCACUGGGAACUAUGUCUGCACCCAGCAAAGCAUGAAGUCCUGUGUUUUUAGAGGUUCUGCCAGAACAAGAAUCCUCUCCAGAAGCCCUACAGAACAACAUGCAACACAUUUGUUUGAUGGCUGAAACCUACUGCCCAGUGUUCUCUGCUUUUAUUGUUGCUCCAGAAUGGUAGUAAAUUGUAGUAAAUAUGAUGCUCUGCCUGUCUGCAUGACUACCUUUUUGUUGUUCUUUUAUUAUGCACUGUGACAAUGUAAAAUCCUGAGAGUCAAUGGAGAAAGCAGAGUUGCAUGGGUCACAAAAUGUCUCAGAAAUAGAAAGAGUUAAGCGAUAAUCUGUGAAUCAUAAACAUCACUGCAAACACAAUCAGAGGUAAGCUAUUACCCAUAAAUCAUAGAAUCAUAGAACCAUAGAAUAGUAGAAUGACUUUGGUUGGAAGGGACCUUGAAGGUCAUUUAGUUUCAAGCCUCCUGCCUAACCAUGAGCCACAAAUGCUUUUGGCAGAGCCACUGUGGCUUUGUACCAGUAGCUUUCUUGUAAAGCAUCAGGAAGAAGAACUUCAGGGCGCAUCCACGCUUUCUGAGAAAGGUCGUGGAUUCCUAUCAAGCAUUUGAAACUAGAAAUAAUCUAAAGGAAAUACUUGCUUUAAACAUAAUUUUUGAUUAACUUCAUUUUUUUUAAUAUCAUCCAAGCUCAGUAUACCCAGACAGUUAGUACCUCCACGCUUUGUUCCCCUGUAUUCUGACUGAGAGUUGUAAGAGUUCUUCAGAUGGAUGCAGGGAUAGAAAAUGAUAGCAUGAGGUAUCAUAAGUGUGUAUAUCUAACCAUACAAAAUUAGGCUGAGCAGAUAAUGAAAAAAUAUUACAUAAGUCAUGUUCCUUUUUGAUUGACUAUGUUUUCCCUUUCUUAAUUUUACUUCAGACCUUGAUGAUAGAGGAAUUCAUACACUGUGGUAUGUUCAGCCAUAUGAAGGAGUUUUAUCCUUCAGAAAAGAUCCUUUGUUGUGCUCAAAAUGUGUCAGUUCUCCAAUCUUGAAUGAUCUCUGCACUUUAUAUUCUUCAACAGCACUGACAUCUUUCCGGAGGAAGAAUGCAGCAGAACUGAGACAAAAUUCUUCUGAGAUCUUGAUUGUGUUUGUAGGUCUGACACUUUCAGAAAGAGCAGGGACAUUAGCAUCAUAUUCUUAAGACAAAUUUCAGCUCAGAGUUGCAGUCUGGGGGCAUAACUUCUUUACAGUUGUUGGGUAGAAAUAUUCUUUUCUGUUAAAUGAUGUGAGUUGCUACAUUCCACCUCAAUUUUUACUCCAUUUUCAAGUGUGUGAGGGAAAUGCAUAUCCUUUUGAGUUAGUGAAACUAUUUGGGAGUCAGUUUAAGCUAUUACACUAACAUUCCAGAUAUUUUCAUUCAGAUUUAUAUCAUUCAAAUGUUAUUAGAAGGUAAAGGUUUAAAAUAUUUGUAGAAGUUUAUACUUUAUAGUAAACUUAUUUAAUGGUGGAUUAAAACAUAUGUCUUUUUCUGUGUUGCUGGUUUUAUUCUCCUUCCAUUAAAGCAUGGUGUUAGGGGAUACCAACAUUUGGUAUUCUCAGAGAGGAAGCAUUUCCAGAAUUACAUCUUGGAAUCAAAUUAAUAAAAAAGGUAUUGCUGCAA